CAAGGAACAGCAAUCAUGAAGUCAAUCGUAGCCGUCGUUCUAGCCGUGUGCGUGGCAAGUGCUUGGGCUCAGCCCCUGGCUAUUCCCAGCCAGCUGGACGCCCAAGUCCGCAGCGUUGGGGAUGAGAUGGCCGAGAUCGGAAAGAGUACCGGCGAGGCCCUGGUGCACCAGUACGAGGAGAUUGUUCUGGAGCCGCAGCAGGAGCUCGAAGAGGCCGUCGAGCAGCUGGAAUCACGUCGCGCCGAGAGUCCCGAGUGUGUGGCAGCCGAGGAUGAGGAGAUUGCCCGUAUCCUGGACGCGGCCCAUGAGGAGAUGCACAGCUGCGGCGUUGUUGCUUCCCAUACCUCUGCCGAGAUCGCCACCGAUGUGAGCGCGGCCUCCCAGCAGCUUGCCUUCGGCAGCUACAACCUGGGACGCACCUACAACAAGUGCCAGAACUAUAAGAACUCUGUCCUGAGGCAGUCCUGCAUGGCCAAGUUCUACGUCCAGGCCUCCAUUUUCCUGAUCAACGCCCGCUCCUCCAUCAAGACCAUCAAGCAGUCGACCAACGAGCGCAUCCCCGCCGUCUUCGCCGAGGGCAAUGUCUGCACCCACGACGCCUCCGCACAGGCCGUCCUUGGCCUCGAGGAGGUCAACCGUCAUAUCGAUGCUUGCGCCACCCGUCGUCAUCGUUGAUUCUAGUCUUGUGAACUUUUCUGCAAUAAAAGAAAACAAGUGUUGAAAUACGAA